CUAUUAAAUUUAAAUUAAGCUGUGCAUAGAAUUCUUUCUUAACUUCUGCUAUGUAUUUUUAUUAUAAAUAAAAAUAUGAAUUUAAAAAAUAAUGUAUGGAUGUUGUCUCAGUCAUUUUUCAAAUGGACUUGGCGCAAACGGUAUUAUUCUUCAACAGCAACGUCAUUAAAAGAACUAAAUAUAAAUGACAAUUUAAGUUCUUUCAAAAAACUGAAGUAUCCUGAGAGCAUGUUUGUGUCCUGUAAUGAUGUAGCAAAAGAUAUUUCUGACACAAUAUCUGAACACUUGACCAAUAAAUAUGGUAAUAAACAAAUUGAAAUAAUUGAAGCCAACCCUGGUCCCUGCUUAAUUACACAACAUUUAUUGAAUAAAACCAAUUACAAUAUAUGUGUAUAUGAAAAUAGUUAUAAUGUGUUUAAAGAAUUCUUAAUGGCAAUCCAUUCAAUUCAUGGUGACAGAAUUAAAAUUAACCCUGGGAAUUUUCUUUUGCUUUGGAAGUUUGGGUAUCAAGAUCGAAUGGAUCGAGGAGACAGAGUCUCAAAGUUUCUAUCAACUACUGGUAUACCACAACAAUCAUGGAACCAAGAGAAUCCAUCACUUAAAAUAAUUGCCUCAUUACCGAAUAAGAAGUUUUUAAAUUAUUUGAUUUAUAGUUUUAUAUUUCAAACUGGAUUGAUGGUUUAUGGUCGACCAGAAUUUUAUUUUUUACUCCCACCAUCAGUAUUUAAGAGGUAUUCUUGUAAACCAAUUAUUGAUAAAAAAUACUAUAAAACACAAACAAUUCUAUUUCAAACAAUCUUUGAUGUAGAAUUAAUAAAAACUUAUCCAAGAAAAGCAUUUUAUCCACCACAUAUUUCAAAAACUGCUAUUAAAAAUGUACGUUUUAAAGAGUUGAAAGAGGCAGAUGAAAAGUAUAUGAUCUUAGCAAAAGUAGUAGGCCGUCCAGAUAUUUUAAAACACGGAGGCUUAACAGAAGAUUUAUUAAAACCAUAUUGGUACUUUGUCAAACAUCAUACUCUAAGCCGUAAAAAUUUUGUAAUACCAAUGUUAGAGCAGUGGAUUCCUGGUUGUGGACCUCAUUUUAUUGCUCAAGGAUACACAAUUUUUACACAGUUUGGAGAUCUCACACCUCCUCAAAUUUUACGUUUAUUCUUAAAAUUUAUUAGUUUGCCAGAAUAUAAUGAUUCACCGUUUCUAAAUUCAAUGGAAAGUAGAAUUGCUAAAUUAUUACCUUCAUUACAAAUCACAACUGAAGAUUCUAUUAUUGAACAAUCUGAAAAUAACACUUCUAUAGAUUUCAUAGAGUUUAAUAACAAAAACAAUUAAUUUAUAAGUAAAUAA